AUGGGUCUUCAACAAGUGCAACACCAAAGUUCUCUGACGAUCCUCGACCGUCUCGCAACCCUACCGCUCGAACUCCAAAAGCACAUCCUCUACGACUACCUCACGGUAAGUAGCAGCCCCUGCAUCUUAUCCCUCUUCGUCCCCGACUGGUCCGUCUGCGCCCGCGCCUCGGAUCCCGUCAACGAGAUUUACGACCUCCAGCGGAUCGACGUCUACACCAAGGGCGCGAGCGUGUCCGGCGGCGGCAGCGUUCGAGGUAAGUACGAGUCCGGGGUGCGGCACGGGGAUGGCGACCACGCUUCCUUUCCGUUGAUGAGGCAGGUAGACGGUUCGCACGAGCAGCAGCACGGCGCACUGCUGCUGAAAAAGGAGCUGGGCAGGAGAUUCCCGGCCGCGAUGGACUGGGCUCUGCGCGACCUCGGGCGGAACGGGCUGAGAGUGUUUGAGCAGGUUUGGCCCAGGGGGCACGACGAUGGAGUAGCCAGGUGCAUGGCUUCCGGGGCGCUCGUCUUUCGUGAAGCUGGAUGCGGUCACGGACUGGAUUCCGAUCAUUCUCAUCCAGGAGGAGCAGCAACAUCAGACAUGUUGCUGUCGUUGCCUCGCCACCUAAUGUUCAAUAGCGUCCCCUCCGAUCCCUGGCUCCAGCUCCGGCUGCGCCGCAACGCCGUGACCGACUUCCGGUGCGAGAUGGCGUUCGUCGUCAAAGGGGGCUUGUUCGGCGAGGAGUUUGUUGCGGUGGACUGGGCUGCCAUGACGCAGCUCGAGACACUGUUUUUGGAUUUGCGGACGUAUGCGAGCGGUAGUGGUGGUGGGUUCCUCCAUGACGCGAUUCGGCGCGCCGCGGUGAAGAUGGGGUGUCUUCGGCUUCGAUGUCUUGCCAUCGCGGGGUUGAGGACCGGGGAGAGGUACGGUAGGUCGCGGGUUUGCGAGUGGGAGGCGAACGGGCAACAGGAGGAUCAGGUUGACGGGGAGGUGAACUGGGUCAAGGUCUUCGCGCCGGCGUUGGGGGAGGGCGGGAGGCUGGUGUUUAUUGAUCGGAGGGUUGUGGAUGUUGAUUGGGAUGCGUGGAGGAUUCGGGCUGAGGGGGAAGGGUUGUUGGCUUGUCAGAGGGAGUGGGAGGAAGGUGAAGAUGGGGGUUGUGGUACUGGGGCGUAUUUGAAGCAUUUGGACAGAGUGAUGGGUGACCGGUGA